GCAUCUACCCGCCCCCCAGGCCUCUAAUACUGUAUAUGUACUGCGCAAGUACAGAAGUGAAGCGAAUUUCCCAUGUGUUCAUUAGGAAACGUGUGGUAUGCUGCAAGCGUUGCUUCCUGUUCCUGUGUGAAAGUGCCACGGUGCUUGGCACGGGAAUAGAUUUUACUUUAGAGAUAAGCUUUUUAUUUAUUUUAAGAAAUCCAGGUUAAAUUUUGUAUAGCAAAUAAAAAAAUAAUUUAAUAGUUACCUGGGAACUAAGGGUAACUAUUUCUGCAGCUUCCCUCUAUUUUGAUCGUAUUUGGACCUGUUUACAGUCGUCGGUGAUUGAAGACUUAUCAUGGAAUCAAGUGAAAAUCAUUUAUCUAGGAUUCCUGCCCUUUGCACAGAACCUGUUUUUACACAGCAAUACAGAGAGUACUUGGAGAGGGCAGGCAUUCUAGAUAGUCGUUAUCGUGCACAGAAGCUCCAUGAUGGUAUGGUUGCUCUUCCAGUUCUUGAAGAAAAACUUUAUUUAUCCGUACAAGAGAAUCUGUUAGAAAAUAUUGCCCCAGGAAGCUCUUGCAAGAAAACUUGGAUUAUUAAUCCUGUACUCUCCAAAAAAAGUCAAGUUCAUUCACCAGCACAGAAAUUACGCAUGGAACUAUAUAACCUGUUAGAAAGCCAUGGAGUAAAUUGGACCCAAAAUCUGGAAUGUGACCUUCCUCGCUCUUGGCAGCAACAUGGUGACUUAGUUAUUUUCAGUGAAAACUGCUUUUGUAACCCAACAUGGAAGCAACUGGGUGAUGAACUUUGGUUCAUUGUAGCAUGCUCUCUUGGGGUUAAACGCCUAGCUAAACAGGGUCGUGUGCUGAAUGAUGGCAUGAGAUCCCCCAGUGUGACUUUGCUACUUGGGGACAAUAGUUGGGUAGAACAUGUGGACAAUGGUAUUCGAUACACUUUUGAUUUCACAAAGUGCAUGUUCUCAGCUGGAAACAUAGUAGAAAAACAAAGAGUGGCAAAUUUUAGGUGUUCCGAAGAGAUCAUCGUUGACCUAUAUGCAGGUAUUGGAUACUUCACUCUGCCUUUCCUGGUGCAUGCAGGUGCAGCAUAUGUUUAUGCAUGUGAGUGGAAUCCUCACUCUGUUGCAGCUUUAAGGAGGAACCUGCAACUCAACAAGGUGUCUCACAAAUGCCAAAUUCAUGAAGGUGACAACAGACAGCUGCUGUUGCAUGAUGUAGCAGAUCGUGUGAAUUUGGGUUUAAUUCCAACAUCUGAAGAAGGUUACCAGAUAGCUUGUAGAGUUUUAAAGAAGAACACUGGUGGUAUGCUACAUAUUCACCACAAUGUAAACUGUUUCCCCAGCAAACACAAAGAAGAUGAUAAAAGUAUUACAGCACAGGAUCCUGGAAGUUUAAGAAAAUUAACCUGGAGAAAGUGGGCAGAGUCUGCUGAAACUAAAAUCCAAAAUUUUUUACAAAAAGUUCAUGACACUCCAUGGCACACAAGUAUUGUGCAUAUUGAAAAGAUCCGGACAGCAUUGAAGGAACCCACACGCUACAGCCUGGAGACUAUGUGUAUGUAAAGAAACAUACCAGGAAGUCCCUCGAGCCCUGAUUUGAAGGACCAUAUCAAGUCCUCUUGACUACAGCCAGCUGGAUUCAUGCGUCACACUGCAAGAGGGCGGUAUCUGACCAUGACAACACUUUGGUUUCUGUUUAACUGUCUAAUAUGUUACAUCACAACCUUACAUGAUGAGCUAGAAAAGCAUCCAGAUAACAAAUUCUUGAAACACCACUUAAUGGUGGCACAAAAUCUCACAGUGAAAGAUUGCUGGAUAUGCACACUUGCUCCUACAUCUGCCCAGAGUAUGCCUUAUUUGGCUAUCCCUGUACCGCCAUAUGAGAUGUUCCAGGGGAAUUGCUUUGACACAUUAGCAAGCAACAAGACACGGUACACAAAAAAUUGGAACACUUCAGUGGGGAUUCCAAUAGUGGGGUGGAUUGUGCAACCCUGGUGGCAGGGAAACCUGAGCAGUUUUGGACAAGGACCACAGCAGAUACUGACCUUUAAGGGGGGCUCCUGGAUAGCACGUGAAGUCACACAAAUACUAGACCUAGGACGACUACCCACCCAGGGGAUAAAGGUCAGUUUUAGCAGAACAUCUGUAAGUACUGAUACAUUUAAGCCUAGUCAAAUAGAGACAAAAACUGGCUGAAUAAUACACUUUUUCCUCAAUGUACCGAAGAAGAGUGUCAUAACAUGACAGGACACCAAAAAUGUUGUGAAUCUUCAUAUUACCAGCCCUAUGACCUAACAUGUAAUAACCCAGAUGUAGGUUACUGUGGUACAUUAGGACAGAAACCCGGAUGGUGCUACAUGACUAACGCCACUCCCAAGAGACACAUAUUGGGUAUGUGGAAGGGGGGCCUACAAGUGGUUACCAGUAGGGGUUAAUGGUACAUGCACCCUAGCCAGACUCACUCCCUCAACUUUUGUGAUACCCAACAAAGACGUUGAUAUGAGAGCAGUCCCAAGACACAUGCUAUACCAGAGAGCAGCAAACAACAAGGAAAGAGAGAAUGGAAGACCACAUGUAGUUCAAAUGGGAACAGCCAAUAAACUCUUCAGCACUCUCUUUGUAUACGCCAUGAUGAUGCAAAUGUGGGACAAAUUAGUUGAGACCACUGACUACCUUGACGACCAAAUAUAUGACAUUCUGGAAAUCACUAACACCUCUGUGUCUGUACAACUAACCAGCACACAAUAGUUCUUGAUUACCUUACAGCUGCUCAAGGGGGAAUGUGCCAGAUUAUAGGCCCCACUUGCUGUCACUACAUAGACACCACAAGUACCAUCCAGAUGCACCACCAACUUGAGAACGUACUAAAACUAAGGGAACAGUACGCUAAAGACAAUGACAAAAAUAAAGAUAAGUGGUAGGGAGACACUUUCUCCAUAACGAACCCAGUCACCUGGUUGAAAGGUAUUGGAGGAUGGGUAGGAGGUGCCUUACAAUUUAUAUUACAAGUCGCAGUUGUUAUUCUUUUAUCUUAUUUAGUUAUAAAGCUUUUGAUGAUAUGCAUAAGUGGCUGUAAAUAUAGAAUCGGUAAAUACUGAGUAUUGUUUACUUCAAAUGAAUGGGUUAACAUAAACAUUUUAUGCUGUUUUCCCAGCAUGUAGACGGAAUAAUGAUCAGCAUUUGUUUUCAGGUUCUCAUGUCUCCUCUUUUUUUCGUUUGUUUGUAGAUUGACAUCACACCUGAAACACUCUUCCUGGUGAGGAUGCCGGUCCAUUACUCAGGGGACAGAGUCAAUUUAAGAAGACUUGGUUCCCUCAGACAACUCGCGGUCUGGGAUAGCACCUGAGGAAAGACCUGCUAUACACCUUACCUAGAGGAUCCAGUUCUUUCAGAUGAUGAUGAUGUCAAAGGGGGAAAUGAUGGAAUUGGGUAGAGGAGACUCCAUUUUGUAUGAAGACUUGAUUAUUCUCGGUCUAAAUGACUGCAUUCUAUCUUUCUUGUUUUUUUCUACAUAACAAACUUUAAACUUUUGAACUAAGAGACGAUGGGCAUCUUAUCUUCAAGAAUGCAGACACUCUUAUCUUUUUCUACCCUAGAUGCGUCCUUGAAACAAUGGUUCAUUAUAUUUGAGCUUAAGCAAUGUAUAUUUUGUAUCUAACUUUCUUCUGCGAAAGGUUUAUGGUUUUCCUGUGUUUGUACAAUGUAGAGUUUACUGCGCAUGCCUAAUUGAAAGUGGACUAUAAAAUACUCCUGCAAAGAGGGCAGGCCAGUUCUGCCUUCAGCUUACAGAGACAACACUUGUGUUUGUAUCGUGAUUUUGAAUGGCAGGUAGUGUUGGAAGGAACGUUGGGUGACUGCAGCCCCAUACAGGCUUUCCACACACAAAUUGGGCAUCCGCCGACAGAAGACGUCUCGGCCUUUGGGGUCGAACCUAACACCACCAUAUAACAAAACCAGCAAGAAACAUUAUUUAGGAGACACUAAGGCAAUCAAUCCUACUCAACAACUUAAAUUACAACACAGACACACUUCUUCUCACAUAGUGAUACAUCCUUCCCUUGGCACAGUUCAGUCACCAUAAAAAAAAACUCUCAGUGGAUUGGCCAAACAAAUUGAUACCAAACAAAAAGGGUGUCAGCGUGACAACCACAGUGUGUAUGAUGCUACUAUUAUCUGCUACUCUGGUGCAUUACUAAUGUAAUUUAAAAGCUUCGGGAGCAGCUAACCCUUCCUCCAAUAUUAUCUGAAGCUAUUAGUAAUGCAGUCCUCUAAUAUGGAAAAAGUUACUGGCUGACACUAACUUCUGAAGCUAUCAGCUUGUCUGACAUCCAGAAAAGUUAUCGUGCCCACGUACACCCACAAGCUAUUAGAGAACCUAGAAUACAAAAAGCUACGUCACUUUGCUUCCUUGACCCAAUCAACUCGGCUAGAUAAAAAAAAUCAAAAAUUUAAUUUAAUCCAACCAAUCAGGAAGGAAAAAAAAAAAUGGAUUUUUAAAGACUCAAAAAAAAAAAAAAAAACACUGAGUCUCUCACAGUUAAUCCUCCUGCUGGCAUUGGGAGCCAAAUUUGACAUUGCUACAGUACACUGUGUACAGCAAUAGCUGAUUAUGAGAUUACAGCUCACUAAGAGAGAGAGAAAAAUGUUUUUAUAAGCCUGCAAGUUUGUAACGAGCAAAAGGAAAAAAUCCUAACCUGCUUUUCCCUUCUGAACCUAUUUAAAGCGGCAGUCAAUCACAAGAGACUAAAAACUCCUCUGUGAAAAUUAGACCACACAGGGGGAAAAUUUCCCGUCACUAGGGCUAGUCAUAGCGGGUUUACAGAAGCCCUUUCCCAGCCUCACAGGACUGUUCAAAGGACACAGAUAAGCUACAGUUUCAUAAAGAAAUCUGCAGACUUACCGUGUUUUUGUGGAGAUUUGACUCCUAGUUUGGACAGUUCUGGGUUGGCCUGGACGGCUGAGAAGGUGUCGGUCCACCAGGCUUGGAUUUUCCCACGAGUGCGGUCAAGGGAACAGAAAAUACCAUCCUCGUCACCAACUGUCAAGGAUCGAGGUGAGGCAUUAAAAUGUUAUUGACCACUGUUGCUUAUCCCAGAGAGAGUUGUCAAAGAGUUUCUGUUUAAUUAAGGAAGUACAUUUGGUUUUUACAUUGUACAAAGGAAGAGGUUAGUUACGACAUCACAAUUAGCAUAUUAGAUUUUGAUUGGUUGUUCGAUUAUUGUGUCCGUAUAUAUUUCAUAUCUAGUGUCCAUUAAUUUCUUUCUUGGCCAAAGUUCAUUUAUACAGUUCUCUCACUCUAAAACUGGAAAAUUCCAGUUCUUUGCAUCUUCCUCAAAUGUUUUGACUUCUUGGGCCUUCUGGCGUUGAUCCAAGGUUAUUCAGUCACGAGCAGAUUGCAAACUCAGGAAAGUGGUGCAUAGUUCAACAGAUAUAUUUAUGUCUUUUCUAAUUCUGACGGAAAAAGAUAUCAGUAUUAAUAUACAUAUUGAUCGGCAGUCAGAAUCAUUUUGAUCAACUUGACACUAUUACUCCCAUCAUGGAACAGUCUGUUCCAUGCUGGGAGUAGUAGUACCACCUAAAAAAUGUAAAAA